CUUAUCAUUCAGGUUUAAGAGCCAAAAGUGAUAAAACUUCAGUAGACCUUGAAUAUCCGUCGCAUUGAAAAGUCUUCAUUCGAAAUUUCAGUUUCGUUCAGUGAGGAAGUGAGAGAAACAGCGGACUCUUUGACGCGGAAGCAUACGGAUUUUAGAAACUUUAUCGACUACGAACUGGGUUGUUUUGCCGUUCUGUUAUUGCGUAGGUCAUACUUCAAAACUCCCUCCGAAGUUGUGCGCGCGCUAUUUGGAGUUUCGUUUCGAGGAGACGUGUGUUUUGAUAGCUGAAAGUCUUCGAAAAACUCACUGGGGAAGGCCCCUUUAGAAAUCACAACGGCUCUCUUAAAAGAUUUUCCAACAUGCUACCCGUACCCGUUUGUAGAGUCUCCACUCAUGUAUGAUUUUGUGUCGGAAGUGCCGAAACGGAGUGCGAAAGUGAAGAAUUUGGACUUAAGUGCUGUACCCGAUCUCCCUGAUCUCAGCACUCCCGAAGUGUCGUUCGACCUUCAUAAUUACAUCGACGUUUCCAACCAAGUUCCGGCAGAUACUCUUCUGGCUGAUAUCUUGGCCGAGGAAUCGGAAAGAUCCAACAACACCGUUCCGGUUAGCACCAUUCCAAGUGUCAACUUCGGUUUCCCGAUGCCCCAGUCGGCCGGAUUUGGCUCCGACCGCUACGGCUCCGAAGCGGGCAUUAAACAGGAACCGGCGGCUGGAAUCGAAACCCACAACACCUUCACCAGUCGGAGCACCAACGGCUACGCUUUCGCCGGAUUGCCUCAACUGCCGGAUACUGCCCUUAACUCUGCUGUAUUCGGCGGCGAUCAGCGAGAAGUCAAUUUCAAAACAGAAGAGAAAAAAUCCAACAAAAAACUACUGGACAAAGCCUCUGACGAGUAUCGGCGAAGGCGGGAAAGGAACAACAUUGCCGUUCGAAAGUCCCGAGAAAAAGCAAAACAGCGCUGCAAGGACACUGAAAGACGCGUUUGCGAUCUUGUCUCCGAAAACGACAAACUCAGAAAGCGGGUGGAAUUGCUUUCCAAAGAGCUCAGCGUUCUUAAGAACUUACUUUCCAAUGUUGGUGUAUCACCUGAAUCCGCUACCAAAAACAUUGAAUAACUGUAACUUUGUGGAAGUGGCAGAACAGUUCAUUGACAAAGAUCGGACAGCACGUUUUUAUGUGCCUUUUCUUGUCAUGUACCGUAGAGCGGUCGAAAAAUUAAAGCACGUCGAUAAAGACGAUGUUAUUAGGUAUCUUUUGUAUUUCAAGUCGGAUGUCCGGCUUAUAUCUUUGCCAAUUUAGGCAAAGAAAAAUGAAUCAUAUUAUCAUUCAUCAAGAAUAAUUAUCUGUGUUUAUGAAUGUGGCAUUAGUAGUCUCUUGCGGUUUAAAGGAUUUUGAUUUUGUGAAAGUGAGAGUGUUUUAUUGUCGUGAUUAAUCAAGUUUGUUAUCUUGAUUUGGAAUGGUUUGUGCAUUUAAGUUCAGGAAACAUCUGCAUAAUUUCUGUUUAUGUAACUAUUUCACUUUGACUGCUCUUAUUGAGUAAAAACAGAGACUAGAAACUUUUUACAUUUUGUGCCAAGAAAUGAUAUUCAAAAACACAGAUUUAUCUGGUAUGGUACUUAGUUUACCAGUGAUCAAUCUAGAAAAUUUUUCUGUGACAUUUGUUAUUGUUUGAUGUCAUUUAGAUAGUUCUUAAACUCAUUUUGACUCGGAAAUACAAUUUUAUAUUAUUAUUGUGAUGUAUUGAUUGAUGCAAUAGUUAAAUGAGAUUUAUAUGUAUCAUAUAAAAAUGUUAUAUUUUAAGGAAUAAUGUAGUUUAUGAAAAACUUUGGUUUUAUUUUUUAAGCUUAUUUUAAAAAAUCUGAAAUAGCAAUAUUAUGCACUGAAUUAUUUUUCUUUUGAAAUAUCUAAGUCGUAAAUAUAUGUCAUAAAACUCUAAUAGAUAAAAUUUUAUG